AUGUUCGAUGUCAUAAAAGAAGACUGGAAAUUGAUAAACGAUAAAAGUCAAGUUUCUAUUCUCAAAGAAAUUACUAAGCAAGGAAAUAAGCUUGGAGAAAUUUAUAGAAAUAGAUAUUGUAAUCCAUGUUUUGAUCAAUUUUAUAUAUUGAAUAUGCUUUUACAUAUCAUUGCUUUUAUUAAUUUUUAUACGAAUGAUGUUGCUUUCCGAUAUUAUUUUCAGCUUGUAUGUUGUCAUGUAUGUCAGGAUUUGACAACAUGUUAUAAUUAUAAUGAAAAAAUAAUGAAGAAGAAUUGUUCGAGCUAUAGCAGUCAAAAGAGUUACUUUUGUCAAAUUCUACUGACUAUGAUCGGUAUGACUGUAACAGCUGUGAAAGUAAGAACUAUUUCACAGUUUCAGAAAAAAAUUAAUGAAUCGAACAUUCAGCAUCGACCUGAAGAACCUCUCAAAAUUACUUUGUACCUUGUGGCUCAGCAAUUCCAUUUGCUUAUUAUUACUCUGCUUGUGCAAGUGAUCACGGAUCAUAGUUCCGAAUUGAGUAAUUAUAUGUAUGUUAACAAGUAUAUAUCGCUCAACAUGGUAAAUUUCAAAAUGCCAAUAAAGAUUAAAAAAAUAUUGCACACGAUGCAAAUGAGAUCUAGUAAAUCGUACAAGUUAACAGCAGGAGGUAUAUAA